AUGGUUGCUUUAGAGUGUAGGUCUAGACAAAAGUGCCUUUUAGAAGAAAAAUCUGUUACUUUAUUAUACACUGGAAUAGAACUUGCUGCAAGACCAAACUCUUUUAAUACGUUUAUCCAUGUUGCAACUUUCCAAUCCACAAUCAACCAACCGUAUAUUAAUAAAGUGAAUGAACUGUUUAGUAAAUAUGGCUCGAAAGGUGUAAAUGAAGAGUGCAGCGGACCUGGUUUGCAUCCACAGAAUCCAGAUGUCCCCUGCAGCUUUGAUCUCAGUGUUUUGGGUGAAUGUCAGUCAACUGAGAAAACUAUAUUGGAGGGAAAACUAUGUCUUUAUUUGAAAAUAAAUCGAGUCUACGGUUGGUUACCUGAUUUGGAAGAUCCUAAAUCGAUUCCAUCACCUGCUAUCGAAUGUGGAGGUACAAAUGAAUUCGAUAAAGAAUCCCUUGGUAUUGUAAGAUACUUUCCAGAACACAUAGCAUCAAAUGGGAAGAAGUAUGGUGUCAUAUCAAACAAUUAUUUUCCCUAUUUAAGAAUGAAUAAUUAUCAAGCACCAUUAGUUGCUGUACAACUCUCUAAUAUAACAAGAAAUACUGUUGUCCUAGUUGAAUGUCGUUUGGUUGGUUUAAAAAAUUCUAUCGGUGGAACAGGUUUCGAAGUUUGUGUUGAUGACAAAGAUUCAGGAAAAUAAUUUAUUCUUUAAUCUUUUGCAAAACAUAACAUUUAAAAAAAUCUGUUUUUACUAUUAAAGAAAAGAAAAUAAUUAUAUCGUUUAUGUGUGUUCAAUUUAUGUGUUCCUUGAUAUUUUUUUAUCUUAAGAAAACAUAAAUACAUCUAAUUUAGCCUCUUUAGGAUAUUCUUCAGUUUACUUCUUAUGUCAGAAAAAAUGUACUGUCUUUUGGUUCCUUCUAACUCUUCCCAUUUACAAUUAAGCCAGUCAUUCAUAGUACGCAUUAUUCAUAUUAAUUAUACUAUACUGUAUUAUCAAACAUUGUUUAAUUUAUACUAUUACAAUUGUUACCAUUACAACCAUUAAUACUGUUACUUCUAGUUGAGACCUUUAAUUGACUUUUCUUAUGGUUAAUUAAUUCUUCAAAAAUUAAGUUUCAGGUACCUUACGUUUUAAUUAUUUUCUGACUGAAACAUUCUUCAAGUUUUCUUCCUUAUCUAUGUCUUUUUACUUUUUUUAAUAUUUUCUCAACAACAAUAGAAGGUAACAAUAAAAAAAGAUUAUGAUGACAAGGAAGAAGAUUCUUAUUCAAUAGUUUAUGUAUUCAUUUUAUAAUUUGAACCUAUUUAGUGUCCUUAUUAUCAGUUUCAUUAUUGUUAUUAGAUUUAAUAUAUUUCUAUAACACGUAAUACAUGUUAUACAACUACUGAAAACUUUCGCUAAUUAAGUAUAUAAUGGAUUAUUGGUAGAUGUAGCCAAAAUGUAUUUACAGUAAAACAAAUAUAUAUUUAAUAGUAUAUUAAUAUUGUAACCAAUACUAUUGCUACCGCUAUUUUUAUUAGUACUAUCAUUACUACUAAUAAUACUAAUACUACUACCUAUACUUUUACUAUUCAUAUUAAUAAUAUACGAUUCUUAACGUUUUGUUUACGAAUAUAAUUCAAUUGAAAAUAUCUUAAAA